AUGAACGGCUUCAGCAAUGGCGCAAGCCAUCUCCAUAUUAACGGCAACGGGCACGAUCCAGAGCUUGCUGGCGAUCAAAUGGAGGCCGAGCUCACCAACGGUACAAGUCAUUUGCGUAUCAACGGCGAUAAUGACAGCCAUGAGCCUGUCACAUCUCCCACGAUGAACGGCACCACCUAUGGCUUGAGUCAUCACUACACUCAUGAAGACAUUCACGAACCAACUAUGAAUCACAUAACGAAUGGCAUCACCAACGGUGUAAGCUCUCUUUAUACCCACGAGGACAGUCCAAAGACUACCACGAGUCACAUCAAUGGACACACAAACAACUACUCUGACGGCACUGUCACGGAUUCUGUGCCAGUGGCAAUCUGCGGCAUGGCCAUGCGACUACCUGGCGGAAUCCGCGACGACAAAGCCCUCUACGAGUUUUUAGUGAACAAAGGAGAUGCUCGCUCUGUCACACCUGCCGAUCGCUACAAUGUAGACGCAUACUACAACCCCAAUGGCAAACCCGGCACCGUGAUAACGAAAAAAGGCUAUUUUCUCAACGACAUCGAUUUUACUCAGUUCGAUCACUCUAUGUUCACGGUCGCGGCGGCAGAAGCGGAGCUCAUGGAUCCAAAUCAGAGACUGAUCCUCGAGGUCGUCCGUGAGGCUAUGGAAGGAGCGGGCGAGAAGUGGCGUGGCAAGUCCAUUGGAACUUAUGUCGGUAUGUUCACAGAGGACUGGCAGGAGUUGCAUCACAAAGACAGUAAUUUCUAUCACCCGUACCUCAUGAUGGGCACACUGGAUUUUGCCUUGGCAAAUCGGAUAUCCUAUGAAUAUGAUCUGCGAGGGCCCAGCGUAAUGUAUAAGACAGCUUGUUCGUCAGCUGGAGUUGGUCUUCACGAGGCUUUAGAGGCUAUCCGCCAAGGAAGUAUCUCCUCAGCUGUUGUGGCCGGCACUAAUCUGAUUCUGGCCCCUGGAUUGACUGUCUCAAUGAGUCUACUCAUGGCUCUCUCGCCUGAAGGGUCUUCAAAAUCCUUCGAUGCCUCCGCAGAUGGAUACGCCCGCGGUGAAGCCGUUACCGCGCUUUACAUCAAACGAUUGGACGAUGCCAUCCGUGAUGGCAACCCAAUCAGAGCAGUCAUCCGUUCCUCAGCUGCUAAUGCAGACGGAAGGUCUCAAGGUGGCAUGGCCAAUCCUAAUCCAGAUGCUCACGAAGCUGCUAUAAGAAAGGCUUAUGCUUCUGCUGGGCUUGAUAUUUCGCAAACUGCCAUGGUGGAAGCCCAUGGUACUGGCACACCGGUUGGAGACCCGAUUGAGGUGGAGGCAAUUUCACGCUGCUUCAGAAAAGACGGGGCGUAUUUGGGAGCAUUCGUCAUCGACUCUGCUGCCUCAUUCAAUCUAGGGACACCUAAGACUAUCCCGCCAACCAUACAGGAACCAAGGCAGAAGCCGAGACUUCUGCUGUUCUCCGCAGCACGACCAGAGGCGCUCGACGCUAUUGUUCACAGACAUUCAAAGUAUCUUUUAGAACACCCAGAGAGCCUUAGCAACGUAGCAUACACUUUGGCAGAAAGGCGAGAGCACUUGAAAUACAGAGCAUUCUUUGUCACGGAGGGCAAAGAACCGCUAGCCAAGCCAGUUGCUGUGACACGCCAAGACGUCGAGCAGGUUGCUUUUGUCUUUACAGGACAGGGUGCCCAAUGGGUAUCAAUGGGGCGACAAUUGAUGGUCGACUAUCCAUCGUUCUUAACAAACAUCCAAUUGAUGGAUAAUAUCCUCCAGGGCUUGAAUGAGGAUGCUCCAUCAUGGUCAAUCGAAGAAACACUUUUUUCAACGGACAAGGAGCUGAAAAUGUCUCGCGCUGAAUUGUCGCAGCCAUUAUGUACAGCACUUCAAAUUGCCGUCGUGGAUUUGCUAGCUUCAUGGGGUAUACGACCCGCUGCUGUGGUUGGACAUUCGAGCGGUGAGAUUGCCGCAGCCUAUGCUGCUGGUGCUUUAUCGAAGGCAGGUGCCUUGAUCGCUGCUUACUACCGUGGAUUCGUCUGCAAGACAUUCACGAAGGCAGGAGGCAUGGCAGCUCUUGGGCUUGGAAAGGCUGAUGUGCUGCCUUUCUUAUUGCCUGAUGUCGGAAUUGCCUGUGAAAACAGCAAUUCUGGCAUCACCUUAUCUGGUGAUUCAAAAGCCCUGGAGCAGGUCAUGCUUGCCGUCAAAAAGCAACAUGAACAAGCAUUCGUGCGACGACUGCAAGUUGAAAUGGCCUAUCAUUCAGAUCACAUGAGGAUGGUGGGCAAUGGCUAUCGCGAGCUCAUAUCCAAGCAUGUCACUCCGCACACACCUACGAUUCCAUUUUACUCCAGCGUCUACGGCGGCAAAGUUCUGACAGAGUCAUACGAUUUUGCACCCGAUUACUGGCAGAACAAUCUCGAGAACCCUGUCCUAUUCCAUGGCGCUGUCAAAAGCUUGUUACGAGACUCACCGCGUAUGGUCCAUGUAGAAAUUGGGCCGCACCAUGCGCUCCUCGGACCUUUGCGCCAAAUUUAUAAGGAAACCGCCGUCUCCAUACAACAUAUACCAACUCUUUCCCGAGGCCACAACGACACCCGAGCGCUGUUGUCAACGCUGGGUCAGCUUUAUACAGCAGGAAUAUCUGUGACGCUUCCUUCAGAGCCGAGUCAAGAGUCUCGAGUAUUAACGGAUCUUCCUCAAUAUCCAUGGCACUACGAGCGAUCAUACUGGGCAGAGACGCGUGUGAUGCAGAAUUGGAGGUUCCGAAAGCAUGCACCGCACGAUCUUCUAGGCUCUCGCGCCCUCGAAUCGACCGAACUUAAUCCAACAUGGCGCAACGACAUCCGCGUUGCGAAUGUUCCUUGGCUGAAAGACCAUUGUGUGGGCAAUGAUAUAAUUUUUCCUGCUGCAGGCUACAUCUCUAUGGCUGGCGAGGCAGCUCGCCAACUUGGGGAUCUAACCACAUCCUCUGACUACACAGUCAAAGAAGUUGAGCUCCGUCAAGCCUUGGUGCUUCAGGCGGACGGUUCUAAGGAAGUGGUCACAUCGCUCCGGCCGCAGAAGCUGACAGUGACCCUCGACAGUGAGUGGUAUGAAUUCGAUAUAGUAUCCUAUGAUGGAUCAUCAUGGAACAAGCACUGUUCUGGUCUCGUACGCCGCGGACGGGCAUCAAAUUCGCCACCACAGUGGAAGCGAACACCGCAGCCUCUGCCAAGGAAAGUGUCGUCCAGUCGUUGGUACACGACCUUGAGUCGCGUCGGAUUGAACUAUGGUCGCCGUUUCACAGGGCUGAAGAAUAUCACUGCUGGGGUGACAGAGAGUAGUGCUGUACUGGAUAUCACAGAUGACCCAGGUGACGAGCCGGAGUCUGCAUAUCCUCUUCACCCAACCACACUGGAUAUCAUGCUGCAAUCGUGGACAGUAGCUGCAUUCCGAGGAGUUUAUGGUGCCUUUAACAAAUCGUUCCUACCAACUUUCAUCAAAGAACUUUACGUCGGAGUUGGAUCGGGACAGAACAUCCACGUCAAGACAAUGACUGUCUCACAUAAUGCCGCUGCGGGCCGGGAUCACGCGGAAGGCCAGUCAUACGGGGUUGUUGAAGACGGAGAGAAUGUUUUUAUGCUGAAGGGUUUUCAAGGAACUCCACUCCCGUCUGAAGAUGAUGCUCCGGAGCUCACUGCUCUGCAAAUGCAGUGGAAGCCAGAUUUUUCCUUCCUCGAUGCAGCAAAGCUUACUCGGCCCACAUAUGACUUUCGGGAUCAAAUAGCCUUGGCUGAGAAGCUGUAUGUGCUUUGCACUCUUGAGUCGCAUCAAAGCCUCCAGGGCGUCAAAUCUACCCAGAAUCAUUUCGAAAAGUACCGAGAAUGGAUGAGUUCCCAGAUACCCCGCUUCGAGCAGCCCGGAUAUCCGCUUGUCGAUACCGUAGAGCUCGUACACAUGACUUCCGAGAACCGCCGAAAACUCAUUCCUCAAUUUCUCGAGCAGUGCAAGGCAGCUGGUGUCGGUACCAUGGCAGAAUCUGUUUGGCGAACAUAUGAUCAGGUGGUCAACGUAUUCGAGGGCAAGACCGAUUUUCUGGACCUUCUGAUUCAUGACGGUACGCUAGCAGGCAUCUAUGAUUGGAUGAACAGCAUCUGGGACUUCAGCGAAUUCUUCCAGUCGCUGGGGCACACGCAACCUCAGAUGCGGAUCCUCGAGAUCGGCGCCGGUACAGGAGGUCUCACAGCCAAGAUCCUCAAACAGCUUCAAUCUGAGUUCGGCGAGCGACUUUACUUCCAGUACACUUUCACCGAUAUUUCUUCGGGCUUCUUUGUGGCUGCUCAAGAGCGCUUUAAAGAGUAUGAUGGGAUCGAAUACAAGGUGCUUGACGUCUCGAAGGAUCCUGUCGCUCAAGGAUUCAAUCCCGGCGAAUAUGAUCUUAUUAUUGCCUCAAACGUAAGUGGUCCUAGAUACGUGACUGGAAGCGGAUAA